AGUUUUCAAUUGGAUAAACCCACACGACACGAAUGAUUGUGCCUGGUGGUACAGGGACGAAAUCUGUACGAUAGUUAACUCAACCACGUUCUAAGGCUUAACUUAUUCUUGCGAUCAUACAAACAACAAAUGAAGAUACGUAAUCGUAGCCCCGGUUGUAUCUUUUCAGAAAAAUUUGCUAAGGCAAAUUUAACAAGUAAAAUUGGCCCAAUGUUGGGUACUAUAGGCAACAGAAAUGUGAUUGUAAAGACUGAGCCGGGAUCUGUCGAAGAUUUUACCAGCGACGACGAAAGUAUGUCGACUGAUAGUGAUGGUUGUGUAGGGUGCGGCGAUCCAAUAUCGGACCGUUUCCUCUUAAAGGUUGGACAUCAUUCCUGGCACACGGGAUGCCUUCAUUGUUGUGUGUGUGCUUGUAGUCUAAGUGGUCAUCACAAGUGUUACUUCAAAGACGGACAGGUGUACUGCAAGAUAGACUAUGUCAGGGAAUUCGGGACAAAGUGUGCACGGUGUAAACGAGGUAUACAAUCUAGUGACUGGGUCCGGCGAGCCAAACAUUACGUGUUCCACCUGGCCUGCUUUGCCUGUGACAACUGCAAACGCCAACUUUCGACGGGAGAAGAGUUUGCCAUGAUGGACAACAGGGUCCUUUGCAAAGCACACUAUAUGGAAACCGUCGAGUUGUCGAUGAAAGGCGGGUCUGGGAGUGAUGGAGAUAGCUCAUACGAUUCGUCAUCUGGUCAAUCAAGGAUGCUCCACCGACCAAAGCGCAUCCGUACGACGUUCUCAGAGGAGCAGUUGGAGGUGCUGCAGGCAAAUUUCCAAGUGGACAGCAAUCCUGACGGCCAGGACCUGGAACGGAUCGCCACAAUCACUGGUCUAAGCAAGCGAGUAACCCAAGUCUGGUUUCAAAACUCGAGAGCGCGCCAAAAGAAAUAUCAAUCCCGCGGCGGGCACAACGAAGGAUCGCCUCCAAGUCCUCCACAAUCUCCGUGUGUUAAGUGCGGGCAUACAUACUGCGCCUGUACUCACGUAAUGCUUUGUUCUCCAAAAUCGUAACGUCUUUUAUGUCGUCAAACGAAACCGUUAACUUGAAAAAACAGCAACUAUUUACAGAAUACACGACGAUCCUGGUGCUCAACGUAUAUUUUAUAAUUAUUUAUGCGUUUCUUAGAAUUUAUUGAAUAUUCGAAGUGAUCAGAAAGAUACCAUGCCAUGUUAAUUAAAUAAGGUUUAUCUUGUAUUUAAGGUUAUAAAUGUAUAAUCCUACAAGAAAAUAUUAAUUAAUUCAUUAGGGUAUUUAUUAAUUUAUUCAUCUAUCUAUUUAUUCAAAGAAGGUUUUCAUUGGCUUCAUUCAGUACAAUUGUUCGAUCUUCCAUAAGUCCCACUUUUACACAAAGAAUGAACAUGUAGGCCAACAGAUCAUUUUGUCCGAACAAAUGUACUUACAGGUUAUUGCCUGUGUGUGAUCGAAAUAUGUAGUCAUGUGUAGUAAAUUUCGGAGCAAAAACAUGCACCCUGGUAAAGGAGGAUCAACUGUAUUCUAAGUUCUGAGUGAUAUGUAUAACAUUGUAUAAUUAAGGGAUUUUCAUGACCGGUUACUUUGAUAUUUCGAAACAUGUUUAAAGAUAAGAUAUAUGUAUUCAUUUUUAAUUUAUUUAGUUUUUCUGUAUUUGUCUCUUUGGUAGAGCUGGACAAAAUUAUUUUAAAAUAUAUAUGUGCAAUAAAAAUAGGAUUUUUUCGAUUAAAUACAGAAAACCGUUACCAAAUAUAUUAUAAUAUUCAUGCAACCGACUGGAUAUUAACAAUCUUUGUUUGCAAAUGGUCAUGAAUGUGUUGUUCCCUAUCCUUAAUUAUGCAUGCAGCAAUGAAGUACAGUAUAUACACAUGUUACAUAACAUAAAUAGUAUUCCUGUAUUUAUGUUACUAUUACUGGUUUCUACGCAUGUGUUUGAAUGGAGUUUGUGUAUGCCUAUAUUUUUUUUCCUAAAUUUCCGUUCCUUAAUGCUUAAUUUUUAUAAAAAAAUUCUCAUGUCAUUUUCCAUUUUGUUCAUUUUUUAAUUUCUAUUUUUAUUUACUAUUUAUUUUUAUUAUUGCUAUUUCUCACUUAAAUGCUACCAACCAUAUGGUACAGAAAACAACUCAAAAAUGCUUUUGUUUCGUUACUAAUAAUAUUAUUAUUAGUUACUAUUCAUGAUAUUAUUAUUAUUAUUACUAAUAUUCAUAUUAUUAUUAAUAGUUUUUAGGCUUAUUACUUUUGGUAAUAUUUUUGUUCAUUGUUUUUUUUUUUUUUUAAUAUUUAUAUAGUUAUUUUUUAAUAAUACUAAUAAGAAGUAUUAUUAUUAAAUACACAAAAUAUUUUAAGAUAUUUCUUCCCUGGAUUUUUGGUGGAUCUCAUAAGUGUUAAGUGUGACACCUAUUAAUGUUCAGGCUGUGUAGUAUGGAACGCCAUACACGCUCGAUAACGUUUUUGACAUCCUAGUUUUAAACUAAAGAACAAAUCUUAUCUUACUUUUUCGGCACUCAAGAUUAUCAUUGGGAAAAAGUUUCGAAUAUGCAAUCAACUGUUGGAAACAGCUUGAUGCGAAUUAAUAUAUUAAGAUUAGUCAUAGAUUGUGUAAAUAGAUAUUACGAUAUAAUAGAUACUGUACGAAAAUUAUAUUGGUGGCCAUAGGCCACACGUAUGUAAGUAAAUAUUGUUUUGUAUAAUGUUGGUGUGUAUUAUUGUUAUUAGUAGGCUUGCGCUGAAUAAAUGUUGAAAGACGUUUCCUUAUUGAACUCAUGA